AUGGCCACCCCCAAUGUUCUUACUUUUGACGCUGAGGGGAGGGCCAUUGACUUUGCCGUCUGGAUUGAAGACCUGCAGCUGUACUUACUGUGUGAUGCGAUAGAUGAGGUCUCUCUCUUUGACUUUGUCUCUGGAGCUGUCCCUGCCCCGCCUGCUGAUGCUGACUCUGCCGUUCGCUCCAAGUGGGCGACCCGCGAUGCUGCUGCACGUCUUGCUGUGCGUCGCCACCUCCCUUCCUCUGAGCGUGCCCACUUUAGUCAGUGCAAGACCGCUCAGGCCUUGUACGACGCUGUAGUUGCACGCUACUCCUCUCCUUCCUCCGCUACCCUUAGCCGCCUCAUGCUACCGUUUCUCUUCCCUGACCUCGCUUCCUUUCCCACUGUCGCUGACCUCGUUACCCACCUCCGCACUAGUGACGCUCGCUACCGCGCUGCCCUUCCUGCUGAGUUCCGCGCCGCAAACCCUCCUCCCAUGUAUAUCACUCUCUACUUUCUCGUCACCCGUCUUCCUGAGUCCCUUCGUGUCGUUAGGGACCAGGGUGUUCUCCUUCCCCCCUGCUGCCCUCUGUCGCCUCUGCUGCUACGGCCGACCUCGCUGGUUUUGAGUCGGUCGGUGCGGCGUCUGCCCCCAGCGGCAGACGCCGCUCUGGCAAGGGCAAGGGGGGCAAGGGAGCGGGUGGAUCUAGAGGAGGCAGUGGCGGAGGAGGUGGGGGUGGCGGGGGGAGUGGGGGUGGCGGUGGAGGUGGUGGCGGGAGUGGGGGUACCGGUGGAGGAGGUGGAGGCGGAGGUGGCGGCGGAGGCGGCAGCGGAGGAGGCGGGGGCGAGGGUACCGGUGGGGGCGGUGGCGGUGGAGACGGGGGUGGCGGUGGAGGUGGGAGUGGCGGUGGAGGCGGGAGUGGCGGAGGCGGCGGGGGUCGGAGUGGCUCGUCCCAGCGGAGCAGCUCUGGGGGUGGUGUGUCCCAGGUAG